CCGAAAUCAUAUUCGACAAGAAAUGGAAAUUGUAAAUCUUACAGGUCUCUCAACGUUUACCAAGACUCACAAUGGAACCUUUUGUCAAGUUGCACCCGGAAAACUAUCGUACGACCAUUAAUACAUAUGUAGAUGAGUACAAUUCUUGACAACCAUCAUACCUCCUAAGUGACCUCGUUGGGGCUCAGGUGAUCGGCAAAUUCCGAUCAAAUUCUCAUCUUAAAGAUGGAAGAAGUUCGCUUGGGAAUGGAAGACGGAGAGGAGAGCCAUGGCACCACUGGGGAAGAACUGCAGGGCAUAAUUAAUCCACCUGGGUAUCAAGUUUCUCCUAAAGCAGACACCCUGUUAACCAUCCUUCAGCGAUUACCAAUCAUGUGGCAAGGAUUGUUAGCCGUAAAGAACAACACUGCCGCGAGUCAAAUGCACUUUUUAUCCGGUGCCCAGGACGUCGCGAGAGAAGCGUUGGCUUCAAAUCCGGACGGGACAAUUCCUCCGUUAAAAAUUACGGAGAAGAUGCAACUAGAGGAAGCGCACUUGAUGGAACUCGCAGCAAGGAUGCAGAUGCCGCGUGAACACUGCGUCCUUUUAGCGUUGCCGUGUGGUCGCGACCGGGAGGAUGUUCUCCGACAGAGCAACAACCUCAGACGUGAAUUUAUUACCUACUUUCGGUUAAAGGAAGCGGCUGGAAUUGCAAAUAUUCCUUGUCCACUAACCGGACUAACAAAAUUCGUCAUUCACCUGAUCCCAGCUGAUUGCGGUUUCGUGAGAGAGUUUUUGAGAACAAAGGCUCCUGAGCUGCUUCAAGCGGUGAGGGAAAUUCCAUAUCUACUCGUUGUCAUUGCGAGAUCUUAAUAAGAGGAGGCCACGAACAGUUUGUGGCAAAAAUAGCUGGACUGUUUUUUAGUAGUUAUAUUUGUAAAUAUGUAUGGUCCAUGAUCUUACCGUUUAAGUAAUUGAUAAAGUUUGGUUUAAAUAAAAUAAAAAUCUAUGCUAUCAAAAA